GCUUAAUAAAAGAAGUUGGGUUUAGUAGCUACACGUAUGACGUUUUAAUUUACCAUUCAUUCGCAUAGAACAAACCCUAAGUAGACGGCGAUGGAAUCACGCGGAUCCUUAUUUUUCUGCAAGACCGAUUUCUGCAACCCUAACUGGUCUAUUUCAUGAGUCUUUACCUCCACAAAGUGACGAUGUUUUUGGUUUCUGAAGUCUAAUCUGUCCCUUUGAGCUCGUCAGUUUUGCAACAUUGACUUGUUUUUCGUACUGGUAAAGGCAACAGAAGUUGAGUAGUUGCUGCAGCACCAUUUAUAACAACUUCAAAUGGCAUCUCAAAAUGAAGGAACUAAGCAGAUGAACAAUGAAGGAAAUUCCAAAAUAAAAAGGUUAAGGACCUUAUCACAAAUAGAGUCACAAAGAAGUCCCUUGAAGAUGAGGAGUCCAGUAAAAAAUUUAGGAAAAAUACAAUUCACGAGUGCUUACGCGUUGCUAAAAUAAUUUCAAAUCAAAAGGGAACAUGUUUUAGCUGCAUGUGGGGAUAGUAGUAAACAUGAGACAAUGAAAAAGGGCAAGAUGCCAAAAAGAAUCUGACAAGAGUUGAUGAUGAAGGUCAAAGCAAAAUGGAAACCAAGAAGAUAACAAACAUGAAAGACCGUGAGGAUCAAAUCAAGAUGCCAACAAAGAACUGCAAUGAAGAAAAUCAUCUAGUUAAGAUGAAAGCCAAUGAAAUUGAGGGUCAAAGUGGGAAGAAGCCGUCUAGGAAGAAGGUGCCAAUGAAGAAAUCAAAGGUGGAAGAUAAUAAAACCAAGAUGAAUACCAAUGAUGCUGAUGGUCAAAGCAAGAAGCUAACCAAUAAGAAGAUGCUGAUGAUGAAAUCGAAUGAAGAAGAUGCCAACGAAGAAGAACAUAAGAUUGAGUCUCUUAUCCCAGCUAUGACUUUGGAUGAAUUCUUCGAAAAAUAUGGGAUAUCGUUGGAUGAAAAUGAUAAAGAAUAUGAAUAUGAUUAUGAUGAUCACAAUCCAAGUGUUGGUGAUAGUAGUGACAGUCAACUCGGUACCAAAAAGAAAAAAGUUCGUGGUCCCACCCAACUCAAGCAUAUUCAUGCUAUGGAGACACAGAUAGAGUUAACAUGGUGCAACGGCAGACCUAUAGGCCCAACAAAGACACAGGUUCAAUUGUUUAGUCGAUUCUUAGGUACACUUGCAAGAAACUCUAAUUUGGUCACGUUAUUAUAUACUAGUUGGCAAGCUGUGUCAAGUGAGACUAAAACUUCAAUGUUGGAUUAUGCAAAGUCUAAAUAUAAAAUUCCAAGUGAUGCUGAGCCUUGGGUGAUAGACACCAUUGGAGAGUCAUGGAAGCAAUUUAAGAAACGCAUAAAAAAAUAUCACUAUACACCGUACAACUCAUUUAGAGAGAUGAUGAAAAAUCGUCCAAUUACCGUACCUGAACUGCAUUUUAGAAAAUUAGUUCAAUUUUGGAGUCUUGAUAUCAUCAAAGUUAUUUCUGACAAAAAUCGUGAAAACAGAUCCAAACAAAAAUGGAAUCAUCGAAUGGGUCCAGUUAGUUUUGAAUUAGUACGCGCUGAAUUGCGUGCAAAAAAAGAGGGCAAUGAAGAUCCAUCACAGUCUGAGAUGUUUGUUGUAACUCGUACUAACAAGAAAGGAGAGACUGAUUCGGGAACACAAGAGACGAUUGAUCAUCUUCAAAAUUUGAAGCAAGCUGGAUACAGUGAUGAUGAAGCGCUUCAAACGGUUUUUGGAAAGGAGAAACAUGGUAGAGUUCGUUUCUAUGGUCGAUCAGUCACAAAAUCCUCUCUUAAAAAGGAUAAGCAAAUCCGACAAAUGCAACAACAACAUGCUGAAGUGGUUUCAACUAUGGAGAAAAAUCAAAAUAAUUUGACUUCCAAGUUGGAUGGUUUAACAAGCUUGAUCAAAAUGGUGUUGCAACAAGUUAAUCCUGGUAUGAGUGCGGAACAAGUGCAAGUAAUGAUAGAAGCUGCCCAACAAUCUCCGCCUGAUGCAAGUAGUGCACCAAAUGAUGCGAGGCGAAGCAUUCCUCCUUCAUUGGGAUCGAAUCAUGUGUCAAAAGAUAUGGAACAGGAGGAUAUGAUGUGAAGAAAAUAUGUUCUAUACAAAUAUAAGAUGGGAUGGGUCUUAUAAUAAUUUUGGUUAUCUAAAUGUAUUAUUUUGAUGUGUUCUUUACAUUUUGAUAAGAGACUUUAUUCGAUAAUACAUGUAAUGGAUAAAUUACACCUUAUUUUGAUUAGUGUUGUAAUGAAUAUCUACUUUUUAAUGAAACUUUUAUGAUUUACAUUUAUU